CCGCGCGCUUAGCGAUUUCCGGCAGGACAGGAGUGCGAUCGCGGCUAGUUUGGUUUCGCAAGUGGCCGCGGCGCAAUGACCACGCUCCGGGCCUUCACCUGUGACGACCUGUUCCGCUUCAACAACAUUAACUUGGAUCCACUUACAGAAACUUAUGGGAUUCCUUUUUACUUACAGUAUCUUGCCCACUGGCCAGAGUAUUUCAUCGUUGCAGAGGCACCUGGUGGAGAAUUAAUGGGUUAUAUUAUGGGUAAAGCAGAAGGCUCAGUAGCUAGAGAAGAAUGGCAUGGACAUGUCACAGCCCUAUCUGUUGCCCCUGAAUUUCGACGCCUUGGUUUGGCUGCUAAACUUAUGGAGUUAUUAGAGGAGAUUUCAGAAAGAAAGGGUGGAUUUUUUGUUGACCUCUUUGUAAGAGUGUCUAACCAAGUUGCAGUCAACAUGUACAAGCAGUUGGGCUACAGUGUAUACAGAACAGUCAUAGAGUACUACUCAGCCAGCAACGGGGAGCCUGAUGAGGAUGCUUAUGAUAUGAGAAAAGCACUUUCCAGGGACACUGAGAAGAAAUCCAUCAUCCCACUCCCUCAUCCUGUAAGGCCUGAAGACAUUGAAUAACCAUAGGCAGUGGUUCUUAGGCAGAUGUUCCGAUACUUUAUGGACAAUGUUAUUUUCAAUGGAUGAUCUUGGAGCUGUAUUAGGAGACAAGUAGUCAUUUAGAUCUAAAAGAUGCAGGCUGUAAGCUUAAUUCUCAUUGUUUCCAGUUAGCUGUUUGCUGUAAUAAAAAUCAAUCAAGAAGGUAGCUAGGUCUGAAAGAACUGUUCACUAUCAUGGUUCAUAAUAUCCACUGUAUGCCAGGGCAAAAGCCUUGCUCCAACCUCCUCCUAAAUUUUAUGCCUGGGAACCACUGCUGCACACACACACACACACACACACACACACACACACACAUACAAUAUGUUUUUUAUUUUGUAUUGAACUGUUAAUUGAAACUUUAAAAGCAUAUAUGAAAUGUAUAAAUCUAAGAUGUAUAAUAAAAUACAUUGCUGACUACAAAUGUUUUCUCAAAGUUUGUGGGUCAUUUAUACAACUAAAUCAGGAUUAAGAAAGGGGAUAGUUUAGGAUCUCUUUUAUGUUUUUUUUUAAUAAAACAUUUUAAAAUGUGCAUCUGAAAUAAUUCCUGCACAGCACAUUUAAGCUUCCUUCUUAUUGUGAGUAAAUUCUUCCCAGCUACUAUUUUCUUACUAAUGGUUUAGUAUCUUUUCUGUUAAUACUUUGCUUACAUACUGCCUUUAACUAUAAAAAGAUGGCCAGGUUUUUUCAUUUAUAUUUUUUUCUUAAGAGGAAAAAGAACCUGAUCUCUACAGAAAGGCCAUAUAACUAGAUUAUAGGCUGACCAUGUAUUUUUACAUGUAAUUUCAUCACUAAUACUAUCUGAAAAUGUCCAGAGUAAGGAAGUAACUAAAGAAAAGCUCAUAUGGAAUGAUUACUUUAAAGAUUUUUUUUUUUUUAAAGACCUUAACCUCCUGAGUAGAUUACAGGUUUAUAACCACCACACUUGGUUAAAAAGCUUUUACUGUUUUACCCCCAGUAUCACAUACACACCAAAAAAAAGCAGAAAGUCUUACUUUGGUGAUGUUGAGGUUGGGGAGAGUAAAAAUGCUGAUUUGCCCAUGAGAGAAAAUCUUUUUCUUUCAAGCAACUGGCACAAGCUUGUAGUGAUUUUUUUUUUUUUCUUCAAUUUUUGGUGGCAAUAUAGGAGGUUUGACCUUAGGCCCUUGCUCUUACUAGGCAGGUGCUAUACUACUUGAACCCUGCCCACCUACCCUUUUUAUUUGUUAUUGUUCAGAGAGGAUCUCAUGUUUUUUGCCAGGCUGGCCUGGACUAUGGUCCUCCUAUUUACACUUCUUGUAUAGCUGAG